AUGGAUUACGAUAAAAAGAUUAUUGAAUUAGCUCUAGGUCUUUAUAAAAUAGAUGCUGUAAAGUUUGGAGAGUUUAUGACAAAAAGUGGCAUUAAUACUCCAAUUUACUUCGAUCUUCGAGUAAUUGUAAGCUAUCCUGAAGUUAUGGAAUUAAUCACCUCACUACUAUAUGAAUUUUCAAUAGUGGAUAGUCAAUUUGACCAUGUUUGCGGUGUGCCUUAUACUGCCUUACCAAUUGCUACUUUGCUCAGUGUUAAAGUUAAAAAAUCAAUGUUGAUGCGUCGCAAGGAAGCAAAGUCAUAUGGUACAAAAAAACUAAUAGAAGGACACUACAAAGUAGGUGAAAAAUGUCUAAUAAUUGAGGAUGUAGUUACAUCAGGUUCUAGUGUUAUGGAGACUGUUACUGACUUGAGGAAAGAAGGCCUUAAGGCAGAUGAAGCAAUUAUUAUUUUAGAUAGAGAGCAAGGUGGAAGGCAAAACUUAGAAGCAAAUGAUGUUAAAAUGAAAGCCUUGCUAACAAUGUCAAAGUUGAUAGAAAUACUUGUUGAAAAUAACAAAAUAAAUAAGGCAACAGCCAAUGAUGUAAAAAAUUACUUACAAAAUGUUAAAGCUCCUAAUACAGCUCCAAAAAUUAAUAGAAUGUCUCUAACUUAUGAAAAGCGAGCAGAAAUGUCAAAAAAUGCUAUUGCAAAGCAGCUGUUUAAUAUAAUGGCUGUUAAGAAGACCAAUUUAUGUAUAUCUGUUGACCUUACAUCAUCAACACAAAUUUUAGAACUUCUUGAGAAAGUUGGGAAACAUGUUUGUUUAGUAAAAACACAUGUUGACAUAAUAGAAGACUUUAGUAGUGAUUUUAUUACAUCUUUAAAGGAAUUGGCUAACAAGUAUAACUUUUUGAUUUUGGAGGAUAGAAAGUUUGCAGAUAUAGGACACACCGUUGCAUUGCAGUACACUGGAGGACUAUAUAAUAUAACUAAUUGGGCCGACUGUGUAACCUGCCAUUCAUUGCCUGGAGAAGGAAUAUUAAAGGCUCUUAAUAGUAAAUCAAAUUGUGAUAAAGGCGUAUUUUUGCUUGCCGAAAUGAGUUGUGAGGGCAAUCUUAUUACGCCACAGUAUACCAAUGAAACGGUAAAGAUGGCAGAAAAGUAUUCAGAUCUGAUCACAGGAUUUGUCUGUCAGCAUAAAGACACUUUCAAAGAUCCUGGGUUCAUCCAGUUAACACCUGGAGUCCAGCUUCAAAGUUCUAAAGAUGACCUGGGACAAGUGUACAACACUCCUGAAAAGGUAGUAUUGGAAAAUGGUGGUGAUGUCAUAGUUGUUGGUAGGGGUAUAGUUUCAGCCAAAAAUCCAGAAUCAGAAGCGGUAUUAUACAAGGAUACUCUAUGGAAAUGUUACAUUAAGAGAAUAUCUGGUAAAGUUGAAUAA